AGCUGAGAUUCAAGGACAUAAAGACAAGUCUUUCUCGCCUUUUCUUUUAUUUACACUGACCUAGAAAAGAAAAAAAAAAGACACUCUGAUCUCUCUCUUUCUUCUUCCUCGUUGAGUGUGUCCAUGAAAUAAUACGAAGAGAACAAACCGUAAUGGAGGAGGAAAUGGUGGCGAAGUAGUAGCUACACUGACACAACUUAUUGAUCAAACGAUGAACCGCAACAGCAAUGACAAUGUUGAUUCUCGUCGUCUCAGGGAGAAAGAGCAAGAUAAGAAGCUCUUGUUCCAUGACUUCCUAGGUUCCAAGACCGCAACUUUAACUUCCACUUCCAUGUCGUCUGACCACAAGUUACCACUGGAUAAAGCAGCUAAACCCACGACAGCUUCCGCUUCCUCCGUCGGUGGACGCGGCGGUCUUUCCUCAGCCUCCGAUCUUGGUAGCGGUGGGGGUAGUCAUCUUGAUGGGAUACAAUUGUUUGGACAAAGAAGAGAAGCUUCUGGCUCAAUCAUGAGCAAUCGAUUUUCCGGGAACAAAAGAAGUAACUCGGAUUCACACAUCACUACUCAAGACCAUCCAGAGACUCUGCACUGGUCCAAGUUGCUAAGAAGCGGACCAAUGAAUGUGGCAAACCAGUCUCCACGGGGAGGAGGUCAGAUCAGUCACUUGCUUCAUCAGCUGUCUUCAAGCAGGUUCAAAGAUGAAAACGUGGUCGCUGCAGAUGAAGGCUCACGAACAGGGAUGAAAGGUCCUCGUAUCAUGAGUUCUUACACGAUGCCAAACCCGAGCAAAGUCGAAUGUUUCACCCCUUCAAGUACCGGGAAUAGGAAAGAGUUGACUUCAAGUACUAAGCAGAUGACUAUCUUCUAUGGUGGUCAAGCUCAUGUCUUUGAUGAUGUUCACCCAAACAAAGCAGAUGUGAUAAUGGCUUUGGCAGGAUCAAGCGGAGGCUCAUGGUCUACGGAUUUGUCUCAUAAACUCAAGACAAAGAACAACACAAGCGACGGUCCAUACAAACUAGGUCAGAUGUUUGAAGGAGGAGGCAGCUCUAGAGAAACACCGUUUUUAUCCCCGGAGAUUCGUGGAAGGCCGGUUCAUCAGGACACCUCCAGUGCCUGUCACAGGAUGUUUACACAACCAGGUCGAGAACUUCAAGGAAGUAUCAUCUCAAGGAGACGGGAUACUCCCAGAGAUCAGGUUCACAUAUCAGAUCCUGAAAAGAAGCCGUCUGAAUAUGAGAGAUGAUGAUGAAUGUGGCAUUUCUUUCUUCUAAGCUAUUAUUAUAAGUUCAGACCUUGAUAGGCAGAGCCAGUUACUAUGUUCUAUAUGCCUUUCUAGGCUUUUUGUAUUCAAAACAUAUCUUUCUCAAUGAUUUAAGAGUAUUAUUCUUUUUAA